AGGGCCCUGCCCAGCGCCCGGCCAGCAGGGUGGGAGGGCGCAGCGCGAGUCUACUGGAGCAGGCUGGUGAUGCCAGACGCCUGACUGGAGGCGGACCAAGCGGCCAGCUGCCUCCAACCAGUCCGCCCGGCGCCCGGGUCCCUCGCCCUCACCUACUGUCCGUGGGGCCGCUGCCUCCUGCUCGUCCGGCCAUGCAGUGGCCGUGGCCGCUGACCGUCUCUCUUGCCGUGGUCUUGGCUGCGGGGCCGAGCAGAGUGUGGGGGGGUGCGGCCCCGCACUCAGGCAGGCACGGGGCUGAGGCCCAGGGGCAGCAGAGCCGGCCCAGAAGAGGCACUGAGGACGAGGAGGCCAAGGGGGUGCAGCAGUAUGUGCCCGAGGACUGGGCCGAGUACCCCCGGCCCAUCCACCCGGCUGACCUGCAGCCCACCAAGCCCCUGACGGCCACCAGUCCCGACCCAGACAAGGACAGGGGCGCCCCGGGCCGCGGCCCGGAGCCUCGGGGCAAUCUGACGGGGACGCCGGGCCAGAGGCUGCAGAUCCAGAACCCCCUGUACCCGGUGACCGAGAGCUCAUACGGUGCGUAUGCCAUCAUGCUCCUGGCCCUGGUGGUGUUUGCUGUGGGCAUCGUGGGGAACCUGUCGGUCAUGUGCAUCGUGUGGCACAGCUACUACCUGAAGAGUGCCUGGAACUCCAUCCUGGCGAGCCUUGCCCUCUGGGAUUUUCUGGUCCUCUUUUUCUGCCUCCCCGUGGUCAUCUUCAAUGAGAUCACCAAGCAGAGGUUGCUGGGCGACGUUUCCUGCCGGGCCGUGCCCUUCAUGGAGGUCUCCUCUCUGGGGGUCACCACCUUCAGCCUCUGCGCCCUAGGCAUCGACCGCUUCCACGUGGCCACCAGCACCCUGCCCAAGGCGCGGCCCAUUGAGCGCUGCCAAUCCAUCCUGGCCAAGCUGGCCGUCAUCUGGGUGGGCUCCAUGAUCCUGGCGGUGCCCGAGCUCCUGCUGUGGCAGCUGUGGCAGGAGCCGGCCGCCGGGGGCACCGCGGACUCCUGCAUCAUGAAACCCUCGGCCAGCCUGCCCGAGUCCCUGUACUCGCUGGUGAUGACCUACCAGAACGCCCGCAUGUGGUGGUACUUUGGCUGCUACUUCUGCCUCCCCAUCCUCUUCACCGUCACCUGCCAGCUGGUGACGUGGCGGGUGCGGGGCCCGCCGGGCCGGAAGGCCGAGUGCCGGCCGGGCAAGCAUGAGCAGUGCGAGAGCCAGCUCAACGGCACAGUGGUGGGCCUGACGGUGGUCUACGCCCUGUGCACGCUCCCCGAGAACGUCUGCAACAUCGUGGUGGCCUACCUCUCCACGGAGCUCACGCGCCAGACCCUGGGCCUCCUGGGCCUCAUCAACCAGUUCUCCACCUUCGUCAAGGGAGCCGUCACGCCCGUGCUGCUCCUGUGCAUCUGCAGGCCGCUGGGCCGGGCCUUCCUGGGCUGCUGCUGCUGCUGCUGCGGGGCGUGCGGCGGCCCCGACGCCCCGGGCGGCGGCUCGGACAGCAAGCCCAAGACCGAGAUGCCCUCCUCCAUCUACUUCCACAAGCCCAGGGAGUCGCCCCCGCUCCUGCCCCUGGGCACGCCUUGCUGAGGCCGGGCUGCAGGCUGGGGAGGCUGGGGAGCAGGGUGGGGGGGUGAGGGUGGAGGGCCGCCCCAGCCUGUGUCUGGUGUUUCUGUCUCCAUAGGUCUUGCUUCUCUGCCCGUCUUGCUGUCUAGGGUGGACUUGCUUCCUCUCGUUGGGGUUCGGGUGCAGGCCUGUCAACGCCCCCUCCCCCGUCGCUCGCGGGGCCUUCCUGCCCUGUGCUCUCAACGGGUGGGUGGUGAUGCUUCCGGGUCCCCAGAACUGCCUAGAAAGCCCCAGUCCCCCCAGCUGGGAGCCAGAGCUUCGCCUGUCUGUCUUGGAACGCUCUGCCCUUUAGUUGGGCCCUCUCUACGUGUCGGCUCCUGACACUCAUCCGUCCUAGACUAGGGGCCCUUGGAGGCCAGCCCUGCCUGGCUCUUCUCCAGACCAGGUCUGCCCUGGGCUCGGACUCCUCCUCCUCCUCCUCCUCCUCCUGGCACCUGCUCUUCUCCCAGAGGAUUGCUCUCUCCUUCCUCUUCCUCCUUGGACGUAUCCUGGGCUGCCCGGUCCCCACCUCCCUUGGUAGGCCCCGCGCCCCGUAGAAGACCCGUCAAAAACAAUAAAGUAGGUAGCAGCA